AUGGAGCUGAACGAGGAGGAAUUGGAUCUCCCGGGAGCUGAUAGGGAAAAUCCGGGUGUGUAUGUUUACAAUCCCGCCAAAGCAACAAUAGACAACGCCGAGCCAUCGCCAAAAAGACGGAAGACGUCAAAGGGGUCGAAGAUAAAUCUACCGCAGACGGACGCGCAGUCGACAUUUGUGCCAUUGCUGGAGGGAAAAGAACCAUCGGAGCUGGUUGAGUUGCGGCAGUCGACCUUUCAGCGGCUAUGGUCUGUUCAGGAACAGAGGAGCAAGGAGAUCUUAGAAGAACUCGAUUCCGGGAUCCUCGAAGCUAUAUCGUCGUUUGUCGACGCUGCAUCUCCGGAGCUGUACCACGGUUGCAUUCCCACGUCUUUGGUAACAAUCGGUUCAAACGUGUCGGCUCUCCCUAGAUUGCUGGACGCACUACACCGGCGUCUAAUCGCCCAAGGCACCGGGCAAGUGAUACUGUUGGAAUCAGGCGAUGCUCCGAAUUUAAAGGCCGCAUUAAAGACGAUUAUAAGAACUGCUGUUACGAGUACUGAGGGAAAUGAGGCCUACCAGAGGAUCUUCACACAUAGAGCGGGCCCGCGCAUGUUGCCAUACGAUCUCAACGUCCUUCACGAGUAUGUCGAAAAGCAGGGAACAAAGUCUUUGAUUCUGGCAUUUCGAGAUAGCGAGGCGUUUGACUUUGGCGUGCUCAAUGAUCUGAUUUCACUGUUAAGUUCUUGGAUUGAUCGGAUACCAAUUGUUCUUCUUUUUGGAAUUUCAACAUCUGUGGAGAUUCUAGAGUCAAAGUUUCCUCGGUCGAUCGUUGGGUCACUGCAAGGACAGCAUUUUGAAAUCCACGAUGCCGGCGAUGCAGUCGAUCGAAUAUACGAGACAUUGCAGACCAGUUCUAAUACACAACUAUGGCUCGGACCACACUUGAGUCGAAGCCUGUUUGAAAGAUCAAGAGACUAUUUCCAAAGUCCGGAAGAGUUUAUUCGGGAAGCCAAGUAUGCAUACAUGUCCCACUUCUUCGCCAAUCCCUUGAGCGUGUUGCUUUCACAAACGGCUUCUCAACAGAAAGAGCUAUGCGAGGCUAUUCGGAACCUUGCUUCGUUUCGAAGAUUUUGCGAAGAGUUACUCGACCAAAAUGAUACCAGCCGCGUCCGAAGUCUUCUCGAUGACGACGAAGCCCUACUCAAGGAAACGACGCAGGCGCUUGAAUUGGGCCAGAGCCAAAUGAAAACACUCUUCAACACAACCAAGCUCAUCCAAACAGUACAGGGCGUGCUUCAAGCAAGCAAACCGAGCAGCAGAACCGAACUGUUUCUGCGAGCCAUAUCAGGCGACCUCCUGGAUUCACCGUCCAUUGAGGGGAUGCUAAGCAGGAUUACAAAAUCCGACUCGGACGUGUUUGCACAGGUUCUGUCAGUGUUGAAAGAUAGCGACGACAAUGUCAUCGGCGUGGAGCAGUACCAAAGCACGCUUGAGAGUCUGCUUUCAACGCAGCAAAACUCAAAGAAGAACUCACCGCUCCGCAGCAAACACGACACCCAAAACUCAACCUUAUCAACAACAACAGUCACCAAAUCCCGCGUCGUCAACCUAACCAAAGUGCAAAAACAAGUCUCGGUCCAAGACGUCGAAUACACAGACCUCCUCGAGCGCUUCGUCGCCGAGUUUGAGCAAUCUCUAACUUCUGCGCUUGUCAACCCGCAGAACUUGUUCCUGCAUGAGGUUUUCCUGUUUGAUCUGCGAAACCCGCUCAAGGACAGUUUUGCGCCGCGAGCUCGGUUUAGUGUGGAGCGCGCGUUGUCGAACCCAUUCGAUUAUCUUAGUAGUUCGACAGCCCUCGAGGAUCAAAGCAACAAUUUGUCGGCGAAACAGCCCGAGACGGCGAUUCUAUACCAGUUGUAUCUCGAGUCGGGAGCAUUGGUGAAUAUUUUUGAUCUGUGGAAGGCCUUUUCGACUAUUGUUUCGGGUGAUGAAGGGGACGUGGAUGGGGAUGAGCAGCGCACGGGUCUGAUGCUUUUUUAUCGAGCGUUGUCAGAACUAAAAGCGUUGGGGAUGAUGAAGCCUAGUCGAAAGAAGAUUGAUCAUGUUAGCAAGUCUUCGUGGAAGGGGUUGUAA